GAGCAGGCCAUCGACGUGAAGAAGCCGCAGAGCGAGAUGGAGACACUGGAGGGCGAGGUGGCUGAGAUGCAGAAGCAGCUGAAGCUGGCAGGCGAGAACCGCGAGAAGGAGAACGAGGAAUUCCAGCAAGUGGUCGAAGAUCAGCGAAAAACCCAGAAGCUGCUCAAGGACGCUUUGGACGUUCUUGGGAAGUUCUACAAGAAAGAAGCUCUGAUCCAGGUCCAUGCGGUGCAUGCAGGGCCCGAGUCCCCAGAUGGCUUCAAGGACUACAAGGCGAACGACAAGAGCUUCGGUGUUCUCUCCAUGUUGCAGAAGCUCAUCGCCGACUCCAAGGCCAUGGAAGCGGAGUCCCUGCGUGCGGAGAAGAGCGCGCAGAAGGCCUACGAGGCCUUCUCCGCUGAUACCACGGCCUCCGUGGAGAAGAAGGAGGCCUCUGUCUCGGAGAAGAAGGCCGAGAAGGCCCGCCUGGAGAAGAGCCUGGUUCGGACCCGUCAGGGCCGGGAGGGUGCAGAGGAUGCCCUCGAAAACUUGGCGAACACCAAGGCCGGACUGCACGAGAGCUGCGACUUUUUGAUGCAGAACUUCGAAGCCAGACAAGCAGCACGCAGUGAGGAGAUGGACUCUGUGAAGAAGGCCAAGGCCAUCCUCUCAGGUGCCACCUUUGCUGAGAUCCAGCUGGACUGA